CAGGCAGCUGAGCAAGACGACCCAGAAGCGGUCGGCAAAGACGGAGAGAAGGAACAUGACGCCGCGGAUCGCGUCACCACCCAGCCCAGUAACAUGGAGGUCUUGAGUGAAACCACCUGGGCGGAAAAACUGAGUUUGGUGGUGGGAGGCAUUUUGGCGCUGGCACAGGGUGUUUCGACCCCCUUGAUCGCUGUGUUCACGGCAGACAGCAUUGGUUUGUUAACCACUUCGGAUCCAUCCAAUCUGCUGGAGACGAUGACGCCCGUAUUGUGGAAGAUCGGUAUCCUGGCAGUGGCUCAAUUCCUGCUAGCCUGGUGGUGGCAGUGGUGCAUGCAUUGGUCUGCAGCCAAACAGGCCAGCCGAUGGCACAUCAAGUUCAUCAAGCAGUUGAUGACCUUGGAUGUUCCUUGGUACGACGCGAAUGAUUCUGCAGGUUUAGCUGCCCGAUUGCAGGCGGACAUUGGAGCUCUCUAUAUUUUCAUGUCUGCUGGUUUGGGCUUCCUCAUCAGCUGUGCGGGACAGUUUUUCGCGGGCAUCACUUUAGCUUUUGUAAAGAGCUGGCAGCUGUCCUUAGCAGCCUGUGCCGUGACGCCAUUCUUGGUCUUCGCGGGACAUCGCUUGGGGAAGGAGAUCGAGGAACAGUACUCCCAGCAAGCGGAAGACUUCCAACGAGCGUCCACGGUGGCGGAGGAGUCGCUGAUGGCCAUCCGUACCGUGGUGGCCUUCGGUGGCGAAGCCAGCGCCAUGCGGCGCUUCGAGCGGGAGCUCACUAGGGCCAAGAUGGGCGGCAUUCGAUCGGGUGUGAAGAUUGGGAUCGCCUGGGGGGGCUUGAAUUUCGCCUACAACGUGCUCUAUGCUUUGACACUCUGGCUGGGUGGUCACGUGCUGAUGAAGGAGGGCGCGCCCUUGGAGGAGUCCAGAAAUGUGGUGGUGGUGAUGAUCGCACUGAUAGUUGGCGUCUCCGGCAUCAGCAUGUUCAGCGGACAAGCACCUGUCCUGGCUCGGGCCAUCGCAUCUGCCAAGGGGAUGAAGAAGGUGAUCAAUUGCAGGGCACAUGACAUCGAACCUGAAGGUUUUGCGCUGCCGCCUCUGCCGGAGGAACUUCAGGUCAUUGAGAGCGUGGAGUUCAAAUCUGUUUGCUUCAGGUAUCCCAUGCGGCCCGACCAGCCAGUGUUGAAGAAUUUGAGUUUUGAAGUGAAAAAGGGACAGAAGAUCGCCUUGGUGGGAGAGAGCGGUUGUGGCAAGAGUACGACUAUUCAGCUACUGGAGCGUUUCUAUGACCCUGAAGCAGGAGAGAUCUUGAUAAACGGCAUCCCACUCUUCCAGUUGCCUGUGAAGUCCUGGCGAAAGCUCAUUGGUUUCGUGGGACAAGAGCCAGUGCUCUUUGCCACCUCAGCGAUGAACAACCUACGCAUGGGGGACGACUCGAUCACUGAGGAGGAAGCCAUCAAGGCUGCCAAGGACGCCCAGAUUUACGAGGCCUUGAGCGUCUUGCCGCAGCAGUUUGACACCUUCGUUGGCCUUGGAGGCAACCUACUCUCAGGAGGCCAACGGCAGAGGGUCGCCAUUGCCCGGGCCUUGGCCAAGCGCCCGCAGAUUUUGCUGCUGGAUGAGGCCACCUCGGCCUUGGACAACGAGUCGGAGAGGAUGGUUCAGGAGACCUUAGACGCCCUGCAAAGCAAUGUGGAGAGGAGCCUGACGACCAUCUCCAUUGCCCACAGGUUAACUUCAAUCAUGGCAUCUGAUGUCAUCUAUGUGUUGAAGGAUGGAGCCGUUUGCGAGCACGGAACUCAUGAUGACCUCGUGAACAUGAAAGCAGUCUACUACAACAUGGCGGCUCUCCAGCGUGAGGAACCGCAGGAAGAAGAAAAACCCGAGGCCGCGGCUGUGGAAGCGUCAUACAACAGAGGAGGCACCAUGAUGUCCAAAGCCAGCACUCAAACGUACAUCAUCGAUAAGCCGCAGGAGCAGGCCGCUGGGCAUACGAGUGCUGGCGUCUUCUGUCGCCUGUUUCGCACUGCAAGGCCCGAUUGGGUGAUUCUUCCCUUCCUGCUGCUGGUGGUCCUGCUCUCAUCGGUGGCAACGCCUUUCCAGGCGCUCUUCUUCAAUCAGGGCAUUGGAGGACUGUUCAUGCCGGAGCAGUUGGAUUUUCUGAACAAGGCGUGUUUGGGGCUUGUCAUGACUGGCUUCGUUGGUGGUGCUGCAGUGAUGCUACAGAACAGCCUGUCCACCUAUUUGCAGGAAAACUUAUCCUUGAACCUGCGGAAACUGACCUUUGAGAGCAUCAUUUAUUUGGACAUUGGCUUCUUUGAUGCACCGGAAAAUCAAGUGGGCAGUAUCCUGGUGUCCCUGGAGAGGCACAUGACCAGAGUGGCCCAAAUGCUGGGAAUCAACUUGGCAAACACAGUCGGUGGAGUGCUCACAUGCGUGAUCUGCGUGAUUUUCAGCUUCUUCGGGUCUUGGAUCCUAGCAGUAGCUCUGCUGAUCAUGAUGCCCCUCUUCACUUUCAUGGGGAUCAAGGUCUCCGUGCUGGCUCAUAUACCUUCCAAGAAGGCCGAGUUGGCUUACGCCGUCUCCGGGCAGACGACUACGGAGGCAGCAACGCAAAUCCGGACCGUCAGAGCCUUGGGGGCGGAGAAGCAAAUCUUGGAGAUUUUGUCGGAAUCUCUGCAAGUCCUCACGGAUUUCAAUGUCCGAACGGCCUGGAAGAAGGGCGCCGCCUUCGGGUUGACGACAGUGUUGAUUCAGGUGAUGUACCUUGCAGGCUUUUGGCUCAGCGCUGGCAUGAUUCAGUCGGGAGCCUUCGACAGCAAUCAAGUCUUGCUGACGCUUUUCUGUGUUGUCUUCGGCGUCAUGUCGGUCAGCACGCUGUCGCAGUAUUUGCCGGACUCGGCCUCGGGGCAUUUGGCGGUGACGGAGGUCUUCCGCUUGAUCGACCAGGAUUCAAAGAUCAACUGCAAGAAACAGAAAGAGGGUGGCAUAGAAAGCUUUGGCGAUGGCAGCAUCGAUGUAAACUUUUGGUACCCACAUCGGCCUGAAGUCAAAGUGCUGAAGCACGUGUCGUUCUCGGUGCAGAAAGGUCAGUCGGUGGCCUUGGUCGGCUUCUCGGGAAGCGGAAAGUCCACCGUGAUUCAGCUGCUCCAGCGCUUCUAUGACCCUCAGGGUGGGUGUAUCCUCGUCGGUGGGCAGAACUUGCGCAACUUCAAACUCGCCUGGAACGUGAAAUAUGGAUAUCCUGAAGCAACCCCUUCACAGGUGCAGGACGCAGCGCGCAUCGCACACAUGGAGUACGCCUUCAACGGCACCGUGAAAUGGACGGACCGCGUGGGGCUUCGUGGCGACGCUGGGCCAGCGCCGGGUAGGGUGCCCCUAAAUCCACACGUCGAAAAGCUCAGCGGCGGUCAGAAGCAGCGCUGUGCCAUUGCUCGAGCUUUGUUGCGACGUCCGCAGAUCUUGCUGCUGGAUGAGGCACCUGCGACCUGGGUCACUUCAUCCAUUUUCAUCCAAUGGUGUCAUCUGGUGAUGAACACAAAUAGCUGGUCAAGGAACAUAUAA